AUGGCCACCUCAACCGAGAGAGUCGUCGUUCUACCUGGCGACAGCGUCGACCCCUCACUCAUUCCCUCUCACCCCAAAUAUCCUCUGAGACUUGGACCUGGACUCAGACAUAUUCCGCCCAGUGAAAUAGUACCCACAAUCGCCGGGCAGCUGGUUACAGAUCGCAAGAAGAACUCGAUAUGGGUAGAGUCUAGUGGCGGUCGUUAUACCCCAGCUGUGGGUGACUUGGUCAUUGGCAAGGUGGACAAGGGCGCCACGGAUCUCUACUAUGUUAAUCUCUCUGACUACACAUCUAAUGCAACCCUGCCACAUCUGGCGUUUGAGAUGGCAACAAAGAAGACGAGACCUCAGCUUGCCUCGGGUGCACUUGUCUAUGCUCGGGUGAGCUUGGCCAACCGACACAUGGACCCGGAGCUCGAGUGCGUCUCGGCCACGACGGGCAAGGCAGACGGCUUGGGACCAUUGACUGGUGGCAUGCUGUACGACAUUUCCUUGGGCAUGGCCAGGCGACUGCUGAUGCGCAAGUCUCUCGAGGAGGGUCAGAUUGCCGUGUUGGAAGAGCUCGGUGCUGCCGGGCUCGCAUUCGAGACUGCUGUGGGCAGGAAUGGCAAGAUGUGGGUCAACAGCGAGAGCGUCAAGACGAUCCUGGUGGUGGGCAGGGCAGUAAAGGAGACAGACGAAAAGGCUUUGAGCGUUGAGCAGCAGAAGAAAUUUGUGCGCAAGUUGAUCAAGGAGAUGUCCUAA